GGAUUAUACAACAAAACGGACAGUUUUGUAAAUAUCUAUCUGUAAUCUAUCAUUUGUUUUUCAAUUAAAGUCACGAAAACGGAUUAAAUAAAGCACAUAGCAGACAUGACCAGCCUAACCGCAGUUUUCCAGAUGGCAAGGCAGCGAUUGAUAGCCCCAGCGAUAGGAAACUGGGCACGUUUUUAUGCCGCCAAACCGGCGGCGGCAGCGGGCAAGAAGAAAAAGCUUGGCAAGCUGGGGCCCAUCAUGGAGAAGAAAGUCAUACCCGUGGAGACGGAUGCCAACAAGCUGGUGAACUAUGUGUGCGGCAGUAACUACCUGAAAACAGGAGAAGAUGUCAAGAUCAAACCGGAUGCGGAGUACCCCGACUGGCUGUGGACGCUGAAUACGGAACGCAUCAUUCCGCUGGAUGAACUGGAACCCGACUCCAAGCAGUACUGGCGCCGCCUGAGGAAACUGGCCUUGCGGCGCAACAAUCAGCUGUCCAAGCUAAAGAAGUUCUAGAACCCAUAGCCCUAGGUGUUAUCGUUGAUUUUGGAGACACAGCCGACCCUCACAGCGGCCCAUGUUGUUUGCGAUGCUCUCCUGAGCAACAAGUGUGCAAACACCAUGUUAUUUUGCUAAAAGCGAACUGCAAAUACAUUUAUUACACCGUCUUAUCAUAAAAUUGAGGCGCUAUAAAAGUCA